AUGGCGUGUAAGAAGCCUGGAAAAGGAGGGAGAGUAGGUGAUGAAGGUCUGGGAACAGUAACCACUUUGAUUGCUGAUGAGGGACCAUAUGAGCUGUCCUGGUGGCCGUACUACCCAGGACUAAUGUUACAGGGAGCCCAGGUUAGACUUCAGCAGAAGCUGAAGGGGACUGGACUGCAGGUAUCUGGGUUUUUCCUUGGCCAACCUCUUGGAGGCAAUCUUGCCUCCAGUGACCCAGACAUCUAUGAUGGGGACAAGGAGGAUCCCCCCACUCCACUGUCCCAGUUUACCACAGCUGAAGCAGUUGCUGGGAUCUCAACCACCUGGAGAUCUGCUGCCAAAACACUCAUGGAAAAAGGUACAUGUACUCUGGUCAUCAUACCUCCAACAGGAACUUCCCAUAGUGGAAGCAAGGGAGUGUUUGAAGGUGCCUAUGGGGGGACAGGUGAAGCUGUUGAUAUGGCUCAGAAACCCCGUAAUGAUCUUUUGGAUACACCUUUAAAGGACCCUGAUAUUGUCCUUUAUACAGAUGGAUCCUCUUUUAUAAAAGAAGGCACCUGUUACACUGGGGCUGCUGUAGUUUCUGAUUAUGAUACUAUUUGGACAACUUCUCUGCCAUCCCAUUUUAGUGUGCAAGCUGCUGAACUUGUGGCUCUCACACAAGCCUUACAAAUAGAAGUGGAAGAAGAAGAGGAAGAAGAUGACACUGAAGAGAGCUCAAGUGAAGAAGAAGAGGAAGAAAAGUUGCCACGAAGAAAGAGCAUGAGACCGCAGAGGAAAAGGAACAGGGAUGUUAUCAGUGAGGAUGACCCACCGCCGGAACCUGAGGAUGAAGAAACCAGAAAAGCAAGGGAAAAAGAGAGGAGGAGGAAGAUGAAGAGAGGAGCAGAUGAAGAUGAUGAAAUUGAUGAAGAAGAAUUGGAGAGAAUGAAAGCAGAGUUAGAUGAAAAAAGGCAAGUUAUUGCUACAGUCAAGUGUCAACCAUGGAAGAUGGAAAAGAAGAUCCAAGUCUUAAAGGAAGCCAAAGAAUUUGUAAGCGCAAAUGAAGGAGCACUUGGGAAAGGAAAAGGAAAACGAUGGUUUGCAUUCAAAAUGAUGAUGAAAAAAAAAUGGGCAAAAUUUCUUCGUGAUUUUGAAAUCUUCAAGCAGGCAUGUAUACCAUGGGAAAAUAAAAUCAAAGCUGUUGAAAGCCAGUUUGGGUCAUCAGUUGCCUCUUAUUUUCAUUUCUUGCGGUGGAUGUAUGGAGUGAAUAUGGUUCUCUUUGUACUGACAUUUAGCCUUAUCAUGUUACCCGAGGCAUUAUGGGGUUUGCCAUAUGGAAGUUUACCUAGAAAAACUGUCCCAAGAGCUGAAGAAGCAACUGCCCAGAACUUUGGUGUGCUGUAUGACUUCAAUGGCAUGGCACAAUAUUCUGUCCUCUUUUACGGCUAUUACGACAAUAAACGGACAAUUGGAGCAAUGAAUUUUAGGAUGCCUCUCUCCUACUUUCUGGUGGGAAUAAUGUGCAUUGGAUACAGCUUCCUGAUUGUCAUCAGAACGAUGGCAAAGAAUCUUGGUGAGGAUGGAGGCGGGGAUGACAACACUUUCAAUUUCAGCUGGAAAAUGUUCACAAGCUGGGACUUCCUGAUUGGUAACCCUGAAACAGCAGACAACAAAUUUAACUCCAUCAUAAUGAACUUUAAGGAAGCUAUUGAUGAGGAAUUUGCAGCCCAAAGGGAAGAAAACGUCCACUUGAUCCGAUUCCUGAGGUUUCUUGCUAACUUCUUCUGUUUCCUCACACUUGGUGCAAGUGGAUAUCUCAUUUUUUGGGCUGUGAAGCGAUCCCAGGAAUUUGCCCAGCAAGAUCCAGACACCCUUGGGUGGUGGGAAAAAAAUGAAAUGAAUAUGAUCAUGUCUCUCCUGGGAAUGUUCUGUCCAACUCUAUUUGAUUUAUUUGCUGAGCUGGAAAACUAUCACCCCCUUAUAGCUCUGAAAUGGCUAUUGGGUCGCAUCUUUGCUCUUCUUCUGGGCAACUUGUAUGUAUUUAUUCUUGCCUUGUUGGAUGAGAUCAAUAACAAACUGGAAGAAGAGAAAUUAGUUAUGGCAAAUAUCACCAUAUGGGAAGCAAACAUGAUCAAAGCCUUCAAUUCAUCUCAGAGUGAAAACAGCACUGGUCCUCCUUACUUUGUGGAACCUGCUGAUGUACCCAGGGGACCCUGCUGGGAAACAAUGGUAGGACAGGAAUUUGUGCGACUGACUGUGUCUGAUGUCCUGACAACUUAUGUCACAAUUCUCAUUGGUGACUUUGUAAGAGCCUGCUUUGUCAGGUUUUGCAAUUACUGCUGGUGCUGGGACCUGGAAUAUGGCUAUCCAUCUUACACUGAAUUUGAUAUCAGCGGCAAUGUCCUAGCACUGAUCUUCAAUCAAGGCAUGAUCUGGAUGGGAUCUUUUUAUGCUCCUUGCCUCCCAGCUAUCAACAUACUCCGUCUGCAUACAUCCAUGUACUUUCAGUGCUGGGCUGUGAUGUGUUGCAAUGUUCCUGAGGCCAGGGUCUUCAAAGCCUCCAAAUCUAAUAAUUUUUACUUGGCUAUGCUUCUGCUUAUUCUCUUCCUCUCUACAAUGCCAGUGCUGUAUAUGAUUGUCUCCUUCCCACCAUCUUUUGACUGUGGCCCAUUCAGUGGCAAAAACAGAAUGUUUGAAGUCAUUGGUGAAACUCUGGAGCAUGAUUUCCCCAGCUGGUUGGCAAAAAUAUUAAGACAGCUCUCUAACCCUGGACUUGUCAUUGCUGUCAUUUUGAUCUGGUGUAUCUUGACUAUCUAUUAUCUCAAUGCUGCUAGCAAGGUACAGAAAACUGGAAACUUAGAGUUAAAGAAGAAGAUGAAGAUGCAAGCCGAGGAGAACAAAAUGAGAAACAAAAAAAUGGCAGCUGCAAGAGCAGCAGCUGCAGCAGGUGGCCAGUAACCUUAACAGACAACUCUGGGACUCAGGAAUACUUUUGACCUUGGAAAGGAAGAAUAAUGAGUUGUCUGAAUGUCCAAAGU